GAGGGAUUGGCUGCAAGUUGCACUUGACUGAAGUAUGACAAGCUUAGCUGCAGAAGAUUGGUAGGAUUACUUGCAAGCCCCUCUUCCUAUUUCGUUACAAGUGUUCGAUAUCUACUUCCUUCUUGGAACCUUCUCCCAUCGACCCUUCCAUCCCCACAAAGCCAGUCAGCUUCUUUUCAUCUUUCCAAAUUCAUCAGAGUCAUGAGUGGCUGUCUUUCUCUUGAGAUCCAGCUUCAAAUAUAAAGCAUGGCCUUUCCCAAAGAAGAUGCCUGUAUGCCAAUUGCGGUGAUUGGUAUGGGAUGUCGUUUUCCUGGGGAUGCAACUUCUCCAGAAAGGCUCUGGGACAUGCUGGCCAAUGGUCGUAGCGCCUGGUCUCAAUUCCCAAAAGAUCGCAUCAACAUUGACGGAUUUUAUCAUCCAAGCACAGAAAGACAGGGCUCGAUAUGUUUCAGAGGAGGGCACUUUUUGAAGGACGAUAUUGCCGCAUUCGAUGCUCCAUUUUUCUCUACAACAUCACACGAAGCUGCCGCUAUGGAUCCACAGCAACGGAUUCUACUUGAAGUCUCAUACGAAGCAUUUGAAAAUGCUGGUAUUCCUAUCGACACUCUGCUUGGCACAUCAACAGCUGUAUAUUGUGGCUCUUUUGUGAAAGACUAUGAGCAAAUUUGUCUCCGCGAUCCUGACGAUUCGCCACAAUAUGCCGCAACCGGAAACGGAAUUGCAAUCAUGUCAAAUAGAAUAUCCUGGUUUUAUGACCUUCGUGGACCGAGUAUGACGCUUGAUACCGGAUGCUCGGCAAGUCUCGUUGGCGUCCAUCUUGCGUGCCAGAGUCUAAGGACUGGCGAAUCAAGUCUAGCACUCGCUAUGGGAGCUGGACUGGUAUUGACUCCGGCAACGAUGUUGCCAAUGACAGCCCUCAACUUCCUCAGUCCUGACGGAAAAUGCUUUGCUUUUGAUGAACGCGCGAAUGGGUAUGGGCGCGGGGAAGGAAUAGGCUGUGUGGUUUUGAAGCCACUGCACGCAGCCUUGCGGGACAACGACACCAUCCGGGCAGUCAUCCGAGGAUCGGGCGUCAACCAAGAUGGCAAAACACCAGGAAUCACCAUGCCGAGUAAAGAGGCGCAGGCUUUGAACAUACGCGCCGUUUAUAAAGCAUCUGGAUUGGACUACAACAGUACAGCAUACUUCGAAGCGCAUGGCACAGGCACUCAGGCUGGAGAUCCGACUGAGCUAGGAGCUAUCUCAGAAACGUUCACCGGGAGUCGAGAUCCUAUCGAUCCAAUAUAUGUUGGCUCCGUGAAGACUAAUAUUGGUCAUCUUGAAGGCUGUGCUGGAAUUGCGGGGCUGAUUAAAUCAGUCUUAAUGUUGGAGAAGGGCAUGAUACCAUCGAAUCUUUAUUUUGAGAAAGUCAACCCUAGGAUCGACCUAAACGCUUGGAGAAUCAAGAUACCCAAGGAGUUGACAGCAUGGCCACGCGAAGGGCUGCGAAGAAUUUCACUCAAUUGCUUCGGAUUUGGUGGAACAAAUGCACAUAUCAUCUUGGACGAUUCUCUAAACUAUUUUUCCGAUCGAGGCAUUGAAGGCAAUCACUGCUCUGUUGAUUUGUCACCGCUCCCUUCCUCUUCCACUUCCACUUCGGACUCUGGAGUGUUUCUUAGCCCACCAUUUUUGGGGUCUUCCCUGGUUGAUUAUAUCUCCUCAAGUCCGUCUCCAAACUUAUACGUCAUUUCCUCUCACGAGGAGAGCGGUAUCGGUAGACUUUCGACAGCGUAUUCGGAUUAUUUUGGAAGAAAAGACUGGACAAAAUUAAGCGAACAGGAGAUAUUGCAACUCGGAGACGACGUUACAUAUACUCUAUCAAGGCGACGUACUCACUUUGCAUGGAAAGCAUUCGUUGUCACUUCAACACCAGAAAAGCUCAGUACCGUGCUUCUGAAUAACCUGUCAAAGCCAUGUCGUUCGUCUCGGCCACCCACCAUCGCCUUCGUAUUCAGUGGCCAAGGGGCCCAGUGGUUCGCAAUGGGAAGAGAAUUGCUUCAAUAUCGCAACUUUCGGAGCACACUCUAUGAGGCUGACCUGUUUUUACGAUCUAUCGGAUGCGAAUGGUCUCUCAUGAUCGAGUUCACGAAGGAUGAAAGCACUUCUAUGAUCAAUCUUCCAAACAUAAGUCAGCCGUUAUGUACUGCUCUACAAAUUGCUUUGGUAGACUUGUUGCAAGAUUGGGGCGUGUUGCCUCAUGCGGUGGUGGGCCACUCGUCCGGCGAAAUUGCUGCAGCAUAUGCUGUUGGGGCUAUAAGCAGGGAAGAUGCAUUACAACUAGCGUUUCAUCGCGGCUUGUUAACAAGUUCUAUUAAGGUCCUCGCUCCGACACUACGAGGUAGGAUGUUGGCAGUCGCACUGUCCCAGGAAGCCGCAGAAGUUUUAGUCAAUCGAUUGACAAAAGGAUUGGCCAUAGUAGCAUGCAUCAACGGCCCAGAAAAUGUGACGAUAUCAGGAGAUGAAGAUGCUAUUCUUGAGCUAGAGGAGCUUCUGUACCAAGAUGGUAUCUUUGCCCGUAUGCUCAAGGUUGAGAACGCAUACCACUCCCAUCAUAUGGAAAUCAUUGAGAGCAAUUAUUUAGAUGCCAUCAAAGACAUCCAGAUACUUGAGACAGACUCGGAUAUUCAGAUGUUCUCGUCUGUCACGGGCACAUGCAUUCAACGGAGUGAUUUGGGUCCCGCUUACUGGGCUCGAAACCUGGUAUCUCCUGUUGUAUUUUCUGCAGCUGUCAACGCUCUAUUGCAGACGAAGACUAGGAAGGCAAAUGUUCUGCUCGAAAUAGGUCCGCAUUCAGUCCUGCAAGGACCUCUGAAGCAAAUCCUUGAUGCUAGAAGGAAACCGAAGUCUCGACCAGCUUACUUCUCUACGUUAUAUCGAGGCAAAGAUGCCACUGUGACAUCAUUAGAGGCAAUGGGCCAUCUAUGGAGUCUAGGAACUCGUAUCAACUUCGAGAUCAUUAAUAACAGCACUCGAACUACAAAGAAUCGUGUUCUCAGUGAUCUACCCUCGUAUCCUUGGAAUCAUACCCAGACAUACUGGCACGAAUCUCAUAUGGGUACUGCCCAUCGUUUCCGUAAAUGGGCUCGUCAAGACUUAAUUGGUGCUCCAAGCACAGAUUCCGUGUCACUGGAGCCUCGAUGGCGCGGUUUUCUCCGUUUGUCUGAAAAUCCAUGGCUUCAGGAUCACCAGGUUCAAAACACAAUCAUAUAUCCUGCGGCCGGCAUGCUGUCUAUGGUACUUGAAGCUGCUCGACAGAUACAAGACAUUGAUCGCAGGGCAUACGAGUAUGAAUUGACGAAUGUUCAUAUUGAGAAAGCUAUGGUUAUACCAGAUUCCUCUCACGGUUUGGAGACGGCGCUGAACCUCAAGAAGAAUGAGGAUGUCAUUCUCCAAGGCAAACUCCAGAUGUCUAGAUUCGAAUUUACCAUUUACUCCAAGCUUCUUGAUAUCGACUGGAUCAGGAAUGCCUAUGGUUCAUUAACUAUUCAUCAUGUACCCAUCGAAGACGAGAUUGUCGAUGCAGACGAUAAGGUUGCGAAGUUCACAGCUGCUAGGAGUUAUUGCACUGAGAGCUAUUCUCCUCGACAGUUGUACGAAGCAUUUGAAAACAUCGGGUUGAAGUACGGCCCGUGUUUCCAGAACAUCGUGUCCAUGUCCCAGAAAAACAAUGUUAGCUGCACAACUGUGCAAAUUCCGGAUACUGCGAAGCUCAUGCCUGCCCACUACGAAUAUCCUCAUUUGAUUCAUCCUGCGACCUUGGACGCGAUGUUCCAAACCGUCUUCGUUGCGGGAAGUGAGCCAAUGAUUCCAUCUUUCCUCAAGAGGAUGGUCAUAUCUGCCGAGUUCCCUAGUGGUGCUGGCUGUAAACUUCAAGGCUUUUCAGAGGCGAAGAGAUACGCGAUUAGAGACGCCACUGGAUGCAUCACGAUGUUUGGUCCUUCAUCGGAAAAACCGGUAUUGGUCGUGGAUGACUUGCAUUUCACUGCCCUAUCAUCUGCCAGGAAUGAUUUCACCGAGGUUGGAUUUAUACCUAACAAUCAUAAUCUGUGUGCGGAGCUUGUAUGGGAAGAAGAUCAUGAUGCUUCGAAACAUUUAUCAAUGGAUGCCCUCAAGGGAACCGAAAUUAUCUUGGUUUUACCUGAUGAUCCGUCUUCGGAGCUUAUAAGUUUGCAUUCCAAGUUGACUUCAGCGGUCUACUCAAUAGGGGCACAAUGCAGAAAUACUUCUUUAUUGAAGUCACACGAACAGUGUGUGGGCAAGUUAUGCAUUGCCCUUUUGGGAAUUGAAGAUUGUUUACUACACAAUUGGACGAGUGACGAGUUCGAAGGAUUCCGAUCACUCAUGAACCGGACGAAAGGAUGUUUGUGGGUAACGAGAGGCGGUCAAGUCGACUGCUCAAACCCAAUGUCAAGUCCGAUCAGUGCUCUCUUCAGGACACUACGAGCGGAAGACCCACGAAAGCUACUCUAUACCAUCGACUUAGAUCCCACUUUGGACCUGACUUCUGAUGAGCCACCAAUCACGAUAAUGAAGGUCUUUCAAAAAUCAUUUGAUUUCACCGCACCUUGCGAAGAAACCGAGCAUGCAGAACGUGAUGGAAAGCUUCUGGUUCCAAGGAUUGUCCUACAGACUCAGCUGUGUUCUAGAAUUGAACGUGGAGAUGCUAAAAGAGCGCCCACCAAGUUAACAUUCUUGCAAAAAGAUCGUCCCUUGCAGUUAGAAAUGGCUACACCAAGCGGUCUUGAUUCUUUUUAUUUCAAUGACGAUGGAGACACGGCUUUGGAUCUUCAUGCCAAAGAGAUCGAAAUCAAGGUUGAGGCAGUUGGUAUCAAUCAACACGAUGUCGAAACUGCAAUGGGUCAGACAUCGAGCAGCACUAUUGGUUCCGACGCGGCGGGUGUCGUUAAAAGUGUAGGUUCAGCCGUCGUCAACCUGAAGCCAGGAGAUCGAGUUGUCACAGUCGCGCAGGGUGCCUUCAGGACAUUUGUUCGGAGUCAAGAAGCAUUGGUGCAACUCGUUCCAGACGGCAUGAUAUUCGAGGUCGCAGCAUCUUACCCUAACGAUUUAAUGACUGCCUACUACUCGACCAUGACAGUUGGCAGGUUACAGCAGGGAGAAUCAGUCCUCAUUCAUGGAGGUGCAAGUGGUUUGGGCCAAGCAGCUAUCCAACUCUCAAAGCACGUGGACGCCGAAAUAUAUGUGACGAUUUAUUCAGCAGAUGAACGCAAAACAUUGAUCAAGUUGCAUGGGAUAUCUGACAGCCACAUACUAGAUUAUGUCGGCUUUGGCAAGGAACUCCGGAGAUUAACUAGCGGCAGAGGUGUAGACCUAAUCUUGACUGCUCUUGGAAAACAACAUUUCGCCCAAUCAUGGAGACUUGUCUCUGAAUUUGGCCGUUUUGUUCAAAUCGGCGAUUCGACAUACGGCGACGCUGUCAUGCCAAAGAAUAUAGCGACUCAUCGCAAUGUUAGCUAUUCUACCGUCAAUCUUAGCCAUAUCAUUCAGCAAAAUCAGCCGCUACUAUGCCGAAUAUUCGAUUCUUGUUGGAAGUUAAUCAGUAUGGAGGCAAUUCAAAGAUCAGACCCUUUGAUUGUCUAUCCUCUGUCCGAACUUUCGACUGCUUUCAAAAGUGCGCUAGACCAGACGCAUGGCAAGACUGUGAUCGGAUUCGGCGACACUGACCUUGUCCCUAUUAUACCUCAUGAUUCACACCAACUUCAACUGAAUUCCGGAGCGUCAUAUGUUCUUGUUGGUGGCCUAGGUGGUCUUGGCCGCAGCCUUGCCAGUCUUCUCAUCCGGAGCGGCGCCAGAUAUCUAGUCUUUUUGUCGAGGUCUGGUGCUGUUUCUGACCAGCAAGUCACCUUUCUCGAGGAUCUUCAGUCAAACGGAAUUCAAACUCGAGUAUACACGUGCGACGUUUGUGAUAGAAUCCAGCUGAGUGCUGUCCUUCAGCGAUGCCAGGAGGAGAUGCCUCCCAUCAAAGGAGUGAUCCAGGGUGCCGCUGUUAUCAAGGAUGCCAUCUUUGAUAAUAUGACCUACGAGGACUGGAUUGCUGCGACACGGCCGAAGAUUCAAGGAAGCUGGAACCUACACGAAUUGAUGCCAAGAGAUCUCGACUUCUUCAUCUUUUUGUCUUCAUCUGCAGGCAUUAUAGGUGCCCGAGGCCAAUCAAAUUACAACGCGGGAAAUGGCUUCCAAGAUGCGUUGGCACAACAUCGACGAACUAAUGGCCUGGCUGCUGUUUCAUUAGAUCUUGGCCCUAUUCUUGGCGCAGGAAUGGUCGCGGAAGAUGAGGCUACACUUGAUAUGCUUCGAGCAUCUGGCUUUAUCAGUAUUCGUGAGAAGGAUUUCCAUAUCAUUGUGUCUGCAGCGAUGGCGGGCUACACAGAAGAUGGCCACACUCUCCCAGCACAGAUAAUUCUCGGUACAGGGACAGGUGGAUUGAUUAAACAGAAUCGAGUUCAUGAUCCAUACUGGCUUCGCGAAGCUAGGUUCUCGAUCUUGCGAGAGGUCGACAUCGUUCCUACUUCUCAGGAUCCGGAAUCAAUCUCUAUGCAGGAACUCUUGUCAAUCGCGAACUCGCUUUCCGAAGCCUCAGAAAUAAUACUCGAGGGCCUUGUCAUACUUCUUUCCAGAUCGAUGAAUAUGUUAGCGGCAGAUCUAGAUACGAAUAAACCUGCCAACGCUUACGGCGUGGAUUCCUUGGUGGCCGUUGGGACUCGUAAUUGGAUUUUUCAGGAGACGGGUGUAGAUGUUAGUAUCUUUGAGAUUUUGAGUGAGGUUAGUAUUGCGGAUAUGGCAGUUGAAAUUGCAAAGAAGUGUAGAUUUUGUUCGGGAGAGGUUGGAGCGGAGGAAGACGAGGUGGAUGAGGACUGAUCUUGAUAGUUGAAUCCCACGACGGGUCGUUUCUUAUCACAGCUGUUUUGACUGACACAUACAUGCCCGUCUCUCUCGCUUAGGCCCCUUAACACGCUGGCCACCAAGUGUAGAAAGGGGGUAUGCUCACGUGAU